UACAGGUAGGUGUAUCCACUUGGAACCAAGAUCCUACGAAGUCUUCUAGCAUACAGCAUUGGGCUACAUAUUGAUUGAACAAACUAUUAAUCUUCAACCAGUACUUUCAUUUCAUUAUCAUGGCAGAGGCUAAUGAUAGUUAUGAUGAUGACUAUGAAGAGGAUGAUGAUGAUGAGAUGUAUGAUGAUUAUUAUGACCAUCAAGGUAUGAUUGAUGAUCCUGUUUUCAGUGAGAUGAGAGAACCUGACCCAGAGGCUUUUGAAUAUAAAUGUGUUGACAUCGAUGGAGCAAAGAAUCUACUCAAAGAAGAAGUAGAAUUUGCUUGUCAAAGUUUGAAGGUUCAGCCUAGGGUUGCAAGAGCACUUCUUAUGGCACAUCACUGGGAUCUAAAAGAAGUCCAGAAAAGAACUGACCAGGACAUUGCCAAUAUUCUAGUUGAGACAGGCAUUCUUCCAAGAGCUGAUAAAAGUUUCACCGUGCCUCUACCUCAGGAAUUGGUGUUACCAGCCAGAACAACCUGUCCAGUUUGCACAUUUGUUAAAACUAAGGAUGAACUAAGGGCUUUAUCAUGUGGACAUUUCUUCUGUUGUGAUUGCUGGAUAGCUCAUCUCAACUUUCGCAUUACUGAUGGAACAGCAAUAGAAAUUCGUUGUAUGGCUAAUGAGUGCCACAUGAGAACACCUGAAGAGUUUGUUCUUUCCCUUCUCAAGUCUGACAUCAUGAAGAAGAAAUAUGAACAAUUUGCUUUUAGAGAUUAUAUCAAGAGUCACUGGAAAUUUCGAUUCUGUCCUGGUGCUGACUGUACUAUGGUUGUACAUGCUGAUGAGGUCAAAAGGAAGAGAGUUGAUUGUCAAAGAUGCAAAACUUCUUGGUGUUUUAAGUGCAGUGAGUCUUACCAUGCUCCUGCUGGAUGUGAGACUAUUAAGUUGUGGUUGACAAAAUGUGCUGAUGAUUCAGAAACAGCAAACUACAUCAGUGCACACACCAAAGAUUGUCCAAAGUGCAACAUCUGCAUUGAGAAAAAUGGAGGCUGUAAUCAUAUGCAAUGUUCAAGAUGUAAGCAUGAUUUCUGUUGGAUGUGCCUUCAAGAUUGGAAAUCACAUGGAAGUGAAUUCUAUGAGUGCAGUAGGUAUAAGGAGAAUCCUAAUAUUGCCAAUGAAUCAGCUAAUGUAAAAGCAAGGGAAGCUCUUAAGAAAUACCUCUUCUACUUUGAGAGAUGGGAGAAUCAUUCCAAAAGUCUUCGUCUUGAGGCUCAGACCCUGAAGAAACUGAAUGAAAGGAUUCAAGAAAAGGUAAUGAACAACAUGGGUACAUGGAUUGAUUGGCAAUACCUUCUUGAUGCAGCAUCACUUCUGGCAAAGUGUCGAUACACUCUUCAGUAUACCUACCCGUAUGCCUAUUUCAUGGAAGCUGGUCCCCGUAAGAAGCUCUUUGAAUAUCAACAAGCUCAACUUGAAGCCGAGAUUGAAAACCUUUCAUGGAAGGUAGAGAGGGCUGAAACAUACGACAGAGGGGAUUUGGAAAACCAAAUGGAUGUUGCAGAGAAAAGACGUCAAACACUACUGAAAGAUUUCCAUACUUUAUGAAGGACAUCAAGAUUAUACUGUAGCUCUGAAUGUACAAAAAAUAUCCUAUAACUCUUUAUUAUUUCCUUAGUUGAGAAUGAAUACCAGGGAUUAAAGCUCAUAACUGAGAGAUUUGCCAUAUUUUAUUACAUCUUUGAAAGACUUCCCUUCUUCAUGAAUCUUCUCUUGAUUAAGAAAUCAUUUAUGAGAUGAAAAUUUGAAUCUGUAAAUGGUGUUUUGGUGUAUGUAGCAAACAAGGGGCUUAUUUUCACUCCUUUAUUUUGGUUGCUGAGGAUUGCUUCAUCACAGAAUAUGGGAUUGAAUUCUUCAAGACUAAACCAAACAUGAAAGCUGGAUGAACUUGCUAUUAUAACAUAAUACGUGUUUGACAAGUUUGCAGAUAUUUACAAUAUUGUAUCCACCCUAAUCUAUAUCAUCAACAUGCUUCCUCAUUGGCUGUCUGUACUACUGUGCCUCUUUAUACUAAAGAAAACCUACUAUGGUAUGCUCUAUGGUGGCUCUGUUAUUCAAGCAAUUGCUGCCUUGCCAUGUAUAAUUAGAUCAUUGUUACCGGCCACCCUUGGAGGGUCCAUUUAUACUUUUCUCAGUAAUGCACCUAUUACUGAUAAUCAUCUCAGUAUCAAGGCACUUUACUACAGCAUUCAUCUUUAUAGUGAAGAGAUGCUCAAAUGUUUGUCUUGCACUUAUCAAGAACCUAUUCUAUUCAGAUUAAAAGAGUUUGUGCUUUGAUAUAUGAUUUUAUUGAGUUUCUGAUAUAAGAUUCUAGCCCUUGGCUAGGCUUACCAUAUACUUCCAGAUGCAUGGCUAGUCUAAAGUUAUGUAGAGAUCCUUUGAGAGAAAGUGGAACCAUGGAUUAAUCAUAUUUAUAGCAAGUACAUGUAUACCAUCCUUCAUAACUUGAGAGCAUUUGCCUUACUACACUCAUUUUGCAUACACACUUAGUGAGGCCUAGGGGUGCUAGAGCCUAGCCUUGUCUGCCAGGCGCAGAAGCCUGUGUGCAAUGCCAUUUGCUGGCUAGCUGUGUAUGUAUAUAUGGUUGCAUGCAGUGCCUGUCACCUUUUAACUGGAACUUAAUGAUCAAAGUAGUAGUCUUGGUCUAAUCACAAUGGGACAAGCAAUAAAGGUGUUAUCAAAGGGGUCUGCAGAGUAUGGGUCCCCACAAAUUUGAGAUUCUACAAUUUACGUUGCGAAUACUAUGCAUCACUUUUCAUGCGUAAUGAUAUCUCAAUGACGUACUGACCCAAUAGCAUAUUUACAAUUGCUAUCGUCAAUAAAUGUGUGGAAUCGAUCAUCAGCCCAGUAAAAUUGAAUGUAUAACGAUUGACCAAUCAGAUAGCAGGGAUUUUGAUACCCAUUCCAUAAUAUCGUCUGAUAGCCAAUCAGAAUUCA